AUGCCUUCCAUCCUCGAAGACCCAACCACUAAAAUCCCACCCCCCAAACCGACAGCAGCACCAACAGAUCUCAAACCCCGAAAGGCAACGCUCAAAACAGGCCAGAGAGUAACCUUCUACCCCGUCAUAGACGGGUCCCAGGGCAUUCCCGCCCCCCUGGUAGAGUUCCUCAGUGCUGAGUUCAGCGCCGAGCUGGAGAGAGGGUGCACGUAUCCGAUUGAGGAGAUGAGUCUGAAUACGUUCCGGGGGUACUGGUUUGGGAUGUUUGCAGUUGUGGUUGUUUUGGAUGAUGAUGAUGAAGCUCUUCAUGGGUUGCGAGAGGGCAGGAAUUGGGAGGAGGUGUGCUUGGGGACCUUUUAUAUUAAGCCGAAUUAUCCCGGCCGCUGCUCACAUGUUUGCAACGGAGGCUUCCUGACCACCAAGACUGCCAGGGGAAAAGGUGUUGGUAAUGUCAUGGGUGAAGCGUACCUGGACUUUGCUCCCAAGCUGGGCUACAAAUACUCCGUCUUCAACCUUGUCUUCGCCAAUAACAUGGCUUCGAUCAGGAUCUGGGAGAGACUGGGUUUCAGCAUCAUCGGACGCGUUCCAGGGGCUGCAAAGUUGGAGAAUAGUGAGGAGUUGGUGGAUGCGUUGAUUAUUGGGAGGGAGUUGGGUGAAAAGUCGGAAUAG